GCCGGCUUCCUGAGUCCAGAUUGUAGGCGGAAGUAGUGGAGCUUGUGACAAUGGCCGUCCCGGCUGCUUGUUGUGUGAGGAGGAUGGGCGAUGCUUAUCGGGUGUGGAGGUGCUUGGGACUUGUCGCGGCUCUGCUGGCCGUUGUGUGCAGGGGGAAUUCAGUGGAGAGGAAGAUCUACAUCUCGCUGAACAGCACCUCGCCUUGCGUCCGACUGCUAAAUGCCACCCACCAGGUGGGCUGCCAGUCUUCUAAGAGCGGUGACACCGGGGUGAUCCAUGUGGUGGAGCAAGAGGAGGAGCUUCAGUGGGUGCUGGAGAGCGGCCCUAAUCCCCCCUACAUGGUGGUGUUGGAAGCCCAUCUCUUUACCAGGGAAAGCAUGCAGAAAUUAAAGGGGAGCUCACGUGUGUCUGGUGUUGCAGUUAUCCUUUCCAAAACAAGUCCUGCUUCUGGAUUCUCCCCCGAUCCCCCGUGUCCAAAUGAUGGUUUUGGGUUGUACACCAGUGACCAUGGCUCCCAGUAUGCCCACUGCAACAAUAUCACAUGGAACCCGCUUGGGACUGGGCUUUCCUAUGAAGAAUUCCAGUUCCCGAUUUUCCUGCUCCGUGAAGAAAAUGAAACCGAGGUCAUAAGGCAGUGUUACAGAGAUCACAACAUGCCUCAGAACGGGAGCGCCCCCCAGUACCCCCUCUGUGCCAUGCAGCUUUCCUCGUUUAUGUACGGAGUCACCAACACGGUCACCUGCAUGCGGCGCAACUCCCUCCAGUCAUCGUUUAGCAUAAGCGCUGAAGGAGUGUGCGAUUCGAUCAUUGUGCACAACGUGUGGAGCUCCCUGAGGCCCAUCAAUACGACCGGCACAAUCCCGCCGGAGGAGCAGCUAGUAGUGGCUGCCGCAAGAGCUGACGGUCACUCCUUCUUUUGGAAUCUGGCUCCGGGGGCAGACAGCGCAGUGUCGGGGUUUGUGACCCUUCUGGCUGCGGCGGAAGCUCUUCACAAACUAAACGACACUCAGGAUUUGCCACGGAAUAUAAUGUUCGUCCUUUUUCAAGGGGAAAUCUACGACUAUAUUGGCAGUUCCAGGAUGGUGUAUGACAUGGAAAAAGGCCACUUCCCUGUCUCACUGGGGAACAUCCAUUCAUUUGUUGAACUGAACCAGGUGGCGCUGAGAAAUGACUCCUACUUGUGGAUUCACACCGAUCCCAUCUCCAAGAAUAACGAGACCGUGAAUGCGACGGUACAAGAGGUGGUCGACUCGCUAGUGAGUGCAAGUCAUGGUUCCAAUGUGACGGUACAAGAAGUUGACCACUCGCAGCCCCUCCCUCCUGCUUCCUUGCAGCGAUUCCUUAGGGCGCGGAACAUCCCCGGAGUUGUACUUACCGAUCACAGAGCUGCUUACAGCAACAGAUAUUAUCACAGCGUAUACGACACAGCUGAUAACAUCCACAUGAGAUAUCCAGAAGGGCUGACCAAAGAAGAACAGCUGCAAUAUAUCACCGAUACGGCUCGGUCUCUUGCAGAUGUUGCCACCGUGCUUGCCAACUCUCUGUACAGGCUGGCUGGAGGGAAGAGCACAGCGGAAAUAAAGGCCGACCCCAAAACCGUCACACAGAUGUUAUACGGCUUCUUAAAGAUGUCCAACAACAGCUGGUUCCAGUCCAUCAUCAAAGCAGAAUGGAGAAGUGCUCUGGAUAACGGGCCGUUGCAGUAUUAUAUGACGGGCACAAUAAAGAGUAACUUGAGGGAACCCAAUCAUCCCGCCAGCCUCCUGCUCUCUGUGUUGGCCAACCUCACUGGAACGGUGAUGAACCUGACGAAUGACGAAUGUCAGAACCCAGAGAAGAUUGACGAUCCCAAGAAAGAAUUGUACAGUUACACUUGGGUGCAGGGCCCUUUAGAUGGUAACACAACAUCCAGACGGCCAUAUUGUGUGAGGAGCUCCAUUCGUAGUCACGUGGCAGAGUCUCCAGCCUUCGAGUUGGACCAAUGGGAUUCCACUGAAUACUCCACUUGGACAGAGAGUCGUUGGAAGGAUAUCAAGGCCCGCAUUUUCUUGGUGCCCAGUCGUGAGCUGGAGGUGAUCACCUUGGUGGUUGGCAUCGCCGUGCUUCUCGUUUCUCUGGUCACCACUUACUUUAUCAACGCCAAGGCCGCCAUAUUGUUCACAAACAGCCAGGACAGUGAAGUGGCCUAUUAAAGCUCCGCCCACAAAGGCCUUUGUAUUAAAGGGGAACACUGGGUCAUGACUGGAGCCGACAGGUAAGCUGGAUGUGGAGCUGUGAUACUGGAUGUGACCACUGGAGGGCGCCAGAGUGAUUCGGGGAGACAGUAUAAAGCUCUCUAGCACCUCUAGUGGAUGUUCCUAAAUUCUGGAAGCACUGGAUAAAACCCAAAAUGUAUAAAGCCCCCCUGAGACAACAACGUAAAGGGCAAGUAACUGCCGGCCGGCUGGAUAAAGUUCUGUACAUUGAGUCGUUCACACUGUCAUUGUUUCACAUUGUCGAUGUUUGGGGGGGAGCAGACGGUGGCCCGGAAGGAAAUAUUCCACAGCUGACUGUAUAUUGUGAAGCCACAGCGCCGUUUGUCUCUAUCCUUGUACGGUUCAUCAAUAAUUUUUAUUAGAGA